GCGGCCAAAGUGCAACAAAAUGUGUGAUUUAAUCAUCUAAUUCCGUGGUUUUACAAACAUCUUGAUAUGUGGAAUUCUGUCCUUCGUACGCUCUGCGUGCGCCAAACACCCAAUUCGAUCGGUAGCCUGCUGCGUUACUCCAAUCAACGCGUACCGGUGGCACUACGGAGCACAAAACCCAAAUCCGAUAGACCAACGACACAAUACUUUGUCGAUUCCCGGUCAAUCCGUGCGAUCGGAGGGAACGGCGGUGAUGGUUGUAUCUCCUUUCUGCGCCUCUGGUGCAACGAAAACGCAGGCCCCGACGGAGGAGAUGGUGGAAAUGGGGGACAUGUAGUGCUCCAGGCGACACAGGACGUACGGGACUUUAACCACAUCACAACACAACUGCGUGCGGACAGCGGAGAGAAGGGUGCGACCAAGGAUUGCCACGGACGGAACGCAAACCACACCGUGGUGAAGGUACCGCUCGGGACGAUCAUCAAGAACGAGCAGGGAAAGGUGGUCGGUGAUCUGUCCGACGAGGGCAUGAUGUUUGUCGCAGCUCGCGGUGGUGCCGGUGGAAAGGGCAAUCAAUUCUUCAAAAGUGACCUCGAACAAGCACCGCAAGUCGCGGAGCUCGGUGCGAACGGUGAGGAGAUGGCGUACACGCUGGAGCUACGCAGUAUGGCUCACAUCGGAUUUAUUGGGCUUCCGAAUGCCGGGAAAAGUACGCUGUUGAGAGCGAUAAGCCGUGCCCGGCCAAAAGUGGCCCCGUAUCCGUUCACCACGCUGAAACCUCACCUCGGAAUGGUUCAGUAUGAUGAUUACGAGCAGAUUGCCGUUGCUGAUCUGCCCGGUUUGAUCAAGGAUUCCCAUCGUAACAAGGGACUCGGUAUCAACUUCCUGAAGCACGCCGAGCGCUGUAACGCUCUGCUGUUCGUGGUCGAUGCUUCAGUGGACGAACCGUGGCUCCACUACCAGACGCUACUGCACGAGCUGGGGAUGUUCAGUGAAGAGUUACUGGAACGGCCACGGUUGUUGAUUGCGAAUAAGAUAGAUCUCCCCGAGGCGGAACGGAAUCUGGAACUACUGGCACACCAUGUGGACAUCCCUGUGCUGCCGGUCAGUGCACGCAUGGGCAUGAAUAUUGCCGAGUUGCUGCAUGAGAUUCGAGUACUGUACGAUGCUGCUGCGCAGACGAAAAAGGAUAGCAAUCCACCGGAUCAGAGUGUGGACCAACGAUAACACACCAGUAGAGAGAAACCGGACGAAGAGAGAUUGUAAUUGUAA